AUGCGAAUCAACUUCGUGGCAGUGUCCCUCAUUAUUAGCGUUAAUACCCUCGCCGCCGCGGACAAUGUAAGCGUCAUUGGCGACCGUGCCACUGAUGUGUCUGCCGACGCCUGGAAAGACAUUGCCAACUUCCCGGCUAAUACUAGUACUUCCAAAUUCACAGGCCUCAACAUAUCCAAGGCCUAUCCUAGUUCGGAACAGGAUGGGUGGCAACUUACUAUCAAUGUAAAGGACGAUAAAAAUGCUGCCAGGAACUCUGCCACGAGCGGAUGCAAAGCAUAUAGCACUACGCCCGGCUGUCUGAGGAAUCUUGAUGAGAAAUCUGCCAAAGCCCUGUCUCUUUCAUCCCGUAAUGCUUCCAGCAUGUUUGGCAAAAUUUCGACAUUCUUCCACCGCGUUGAUGGUGAUGCGAGUGCCUUUGGAACCGCAGCCGGUCUCCCCAUGCUCGUUGUUACUGUUUUCGGUCCUUCCGCCGAGUCUGGCAUGGCAGCGACCCCAGAAGUUGCUUGUGUUCAACCCAAUGCCAAGGAAAAGACCAGCGGUGCAUCCCAUAUCACCUCGAUUUCAACCUGA